GCGGCGUCUUGGCGCCGGCGGAGAUGGCGGCGCGCGUCAAGCGGGAGCCCCGCAGCCCCCAGCCGUGGCCCGGCUGCCCGACGGCGGCGCCUCGCGGAGCGGUCGGCUGGGCGCGGGUGAAGCGGGAGCCCGCCGAGGAGGUCGCCAUCAAGCAGGAGCCCGACGAGCCGGAGGAGGAGGAGGAGGAGGACGGCGACGCGGAGCCCACAGUGAAGUACGGGCGAUUUGACCCAGAAGACCGCCGGAGCAGGCAUUGUCCCUACCUGGACACCAUAAACAAGAGCGUCCUGGAUUUUGACUUUGAGAAGCUGUGUUCGAUCUCACUCUCACAUAUCAACGUCUAUGCCUGCUUGGUGUGUGGGAAGUACUUCCAGGGUCGUGGCUUGAAGUCCCAUGCUUACAUCCACAGCGUCCAGUUCAGUCAUCAUGUGUUCCUCAACCUUCACACCUUGAAGUUUUAUUGCCUGCCAGACAACUAUGAGAUUAUUGACUCUUCUCUUGAGGAUAUCACUUAUGUCCUGAAGCCAACCUUCGCCAAGCAGCACAUCAGCAAUUUGGACAGGCAGGCCAAACUCUCACGCGCCUAUGAUGGCACCACGUACCUGCCGGGCAUUGUGGGAUUGAACAACAUCAAGGCCAACGACUACGCCAACGCGGUUCUCCAGGCGUUGUCCAAUGUGCCCCCCCUGCGGAACUACUUUCUGGAGGAGGAGAAUUACAAGCACAUCCGGCGCCCCCCAGGGGACAUCAUGUUCCUGCUGGUCCAGCGGUUUGGGGAGCUCAUGAGGAAGCUGUGGAACCCCCGGAACUUCAAGGCCCACGUCUCCCCCCACGAGAUGCUGCAGGCCGUGGUUCUGUGCAGCAAGAAGAACUUCCAGAUCACCAAGCAAGGUGACGGCGUGGACUUUCUUUCCUGGUUCCUGAAUGCCCUGCACUCUGCUCUCGGGGGCACAAAGAAGAAGAAGAAGACCAUCGUAACCGAGGUCUUCCAAGGCUCCAUGCGGAUAUUCACCAAGAAACUGCCACACCCCGACCUGCCUGCAGAAGAAAAGGAGCAGCUGCUCCAGAACGACGAGUACCAGGAAAAAAUGGUGGAGUCCACUUUCAUGUACCUGACCCUGGACCUGCCCACUGCCCCCCUCUACAAGGACGAGAAGGAGCAGCUCAUCAUCCCCCAAGUCCCGCUCUUCAACAUACUGGCCAAGUUUAAUGGGAUCAUGGAAAAGGAAUACAAGACCUACAAAGAGAACUUCCUGAAGCGCUUCCAGCUCACCAAGCUGCCUCCUUACCUUAUUUUCUGCAUCAAGAGGUUCACCAAGAACAACUUCUUUGUGGAGAAGAACCCCACCAUUGUCAACUUCCCCAUCACGAACGUGGACCUGCGGGAAUACCUCUCCGAGGAGGUGCAGGCCGUGCACAAGAACACCGUCUACGACCUCGUCGCCAACAUCGUGCACGACGGCAAACCUACCGAAGGGGCCUACCGGAUCCAUGUGUUGCAUCAUGGCACCGGCAAGUGGUACGAGCUGCAGGACCUGCAGGUGACCGACAUUCUGCCCCAGAUGAUCACGCUGUCUGAGGCCUACAUCCAGAUCUGGAAAAGGAGAGACGGCCAAGAGGAGAGGCCCCAGCAAGGGACGUGAAGGAGGAGCUGUGAGCGGCAGAGGCUGGUCGCUGCCUGGGUGGUUCGUGGGCGCCUGGAGGGUCCUUGUUGGCCCAGCAAGCGGCUCCUCUGGGCACCAGAAGCGCCACCCUGCUUCACCCUCCGUGGGGGGGUCGUCUUGCGGGGAGAUGGGCAUUAAACGUGCGUGCUGGUUUCCCCCCCCCAACCCGGCUGUUUUCCUGCUCUUCUCCCCCCC